AUGCAUGACAAGCACACAGGCCCAUCCCGCUCACCACUGAACCUGGCCUACCCCUUCCUCGCCAACAAUCCCCCCAAAACUCUGGCUGAAACCAAAACUCAGCUAUCUGGUUGGUUCCAAGGGAUCAAUGCCAGCUACGAAGCACUCUACCAAGAGCAUUUUUGGAUUGACUAUGUUGUCACCAUCAACCAUAUCCUUAUUACCUCCGCGUUCAACAAGCCGUCUCCUCCUGGGAUCAGCAAGCCGACCGACUGGCCCAAUACUGCUGAUGAUGGCCCUGACUUCAGCAAGCCCCCCGCGUCUGUUGAAACACUCCAGCUGGCCGCCGAGUCGCAGCGGGCCGCCCACAUGAUCCUGCGUCUCAACGACCAGGUUGUUGCCGCCUUUGUCACCAGCCACCUGCAGCCCACCAUUGUCCGGCAGGCUGUUGCUGCCAGCGAGGAGGGAGACCUGCGUCUCAACAACCAGGUCGUUGCCGCCUUUGUCACCAGCCACCUGCAGCCCGCCAUUGUCCGGCAGGCCGUUGCUCCCAGUAAAGAUCCCAACAUUGCUCAUUACUUCGCCGUUAUAAUUGGCUGUAUUGGAGGACAAGCCACAUAA